AUCUUUCCUAAAAUAAUAUUUGCCACCAAGUGCUCUCAACCUUUUGUGCUGCAUUGCAAGAAAUUUUUUCCUAAGUACUUAAUGGGCAUUGUUAUCUAAAUAAAACCACCUUCAGCUUUAAUGGAGUGUAAGGAAAUUGGCUUUUGGCCAAGUAUGAGCACUCUGAAAGUGCUUCUACAUGAAUACCUUUCCUAUUUUGCUGUUUCCUUGGUGAACUUAGGAUGAUCAAAGUCCUUCUGAAGUUCUGAAGCACCAAAAACGUGAUGCCACGGUUUGUAACAUGGAAUUAUCCACAGCACAUACACAAUUCUGUCUGUGGACUAUCUAUCAAACAGGAAUGGGGAAAUUUUCUGCUUUUGGGGGCCGCAGCAGUUUUACAAUAUUCGUAAUGAACAUUUAAAUACAAACUGUGGUGAGAUAAAGAAACUCAAGACAAACGGGAUGACCAUUUUUAGAUUUCACAGAAUACUCGGAGCUGGGAGGGACCCACAAGGAUCUAGUCCAAGUGUUAAGCAAAUGGCCCAUGUGGAGAUCAAACCCACAAUGUUGGUGCCAGCAUCAUGCUCUAAACAACUGUGCUAAUUGCAGGUUUAGUGUUUUUCCAGUAUUUAUUUAAUUAACAGCUGCUUAUUUUUCCAAUAAGGGACGCUACAUUGGUGUUUAUUUGCUAUGGAAUAAAGCUUCAGAAUUUCUAAAUAUAAGACAAAUUAUUUUGAAAAAGGCAGCUCUCUGUUUUGGUUGGUGAUAUCAGUUGGAAACAUACUUCAAAGGUAGUCCCUUUUCAUUAGUCUGAGGAGUUUCCAUAUAAACAACAGAACAACCACAGGAAAAAAUUCAUUAUGGGAUAAAUGAUCAAUCUGCAGUUCAAAAGCUCUUUCAAGAAGUGAUCCAUUAUAAAGUUGUGGAAAAUAUAAACAUUCACAUCCAUUAACUGCAAGUAAUAUGCAAAUAUCCUUGAGAUUAAUCAACUUUUUUAAAAAGGAAGCAGAAUGGAACUCGUAACACCAUCACAAAAUGAGGGUUAUGUUUUAACACCUUUUCACGACACCAAAACAAUCUCCAAAUUCAAAGUAAACACUCAGAAACUUUCCUUCCUACAUUGUUUUACAAGCUGGUUUAUGUUUGCCAGUACCACAAGCACCUGUGUACUUUGUAGUACAGGAAUUUUUAAAUACCGAUUAUUCAGGAUAUAUGGCCUAUGAAAAUGAAACCUCAAAGCUACAUAUUCUCAUCCGGAGUUAAAAAUAAAACCCACGCUCUUGAGUGAAGGCUGCUGACUGCACUUACAGGGAAUGGCACGGGCUCUGCAGAACCCCAGCACCGAUGACAAAACCAUAACAAACCGGCACGCUCACGGAUUUUAAGCAGCAAAUCCAAAACCCAGGGGACUACAAAGCGCGCUGGAUCCAACAGCUCCGAGCGCAACCUCUCACUUCUAGAAACCGGCUGUAAACAGGGGAAGGGAGGGGCCAGGCGCCUGCCAAGCCAAGCAGAAACUUGUGAGUAACUUCGAGAGGCAAAACAAGUGCAGCGCCGGCAGCGCGGUGCCGGGCCGGCAGCAUGAGCCGCGGGACAGCCGCGCCGGGGCCCGGCGGCCGGACCGGGACCGGGACCGGGACCGGGACCGGGGCAGGGCGGCGAGGGGCAGCGGCACACGGCGAGUGAAGGUGAGGGGCAGCGGCACACGGCGAGUGAAGAAAAGCUGGUAACCAGCAAAGAAGUUAAAAAAGCUAAAAUCACUAUGUGGAGCUGUGAAGCCUUAAUCAACAGUACUGAGAACAGUGAGGACCAGCAUCUCUGCCAUGACUUCGACCUUGUGCUUUCCAUCUUUUCCCUUCUCUACCUCAUUAUAUGUUUCCCAAUUGGCCUUUGUUACAAUGGCCUGCUGGUCCUAGUCAACCUCUACAACAAAGCUACUAUGACUAUGCCAGAUGUUUACUUUGUCAACAUUGCCAUUGCUGGCCUCAUCAUCAACACUCUGGCACCAAUGUACCUGCUGGGUCUUGCCAAUACAAAAUGGGCCAUCUGGAAUUCCAACAAUGAAGUUUAUAUCACCUUCCUUAUUUUAUUCAAUGUCUCAUCGCUGGUUACCAUGUACUCUACCACACUGCUCAGUCUGGACUACUACAUCGAGCGGGCCCUGCCCAGGACUUACAUGUCCAGUGUGUACAACACCAAACACGUCUGCGGCUUCAUCUGGGGCGGGGCCAUGCUCACAAGCUUUUCAUCUCUCCUGUUCUACGUCUGCAACCACGUGUCCACCAAAAUAAUCGAGUGUUCCAAGAUGCAGAACCAGGAAGCAGCAGAUGCCAUCAUGGUGUUCAUCGGGUACGUCGUUCCCGCCGUCGCCGUUCUCUACGCGCUGACGCUGAUCCUGCGGAUACGCAAGGAGGCCACGCCACUGGAUCAGGACACUGGGCGCUUGGAUCCGUCAGUGCACAGGCUGCUGAUUGCCACAGUCUGCACACAGUUCACCCUCUGGACACCCUAUUACGUUAUUCUCUUGGUAAGCACGUUUACUAACCUACGAGGAAGAAUCCCAGAUGUAAAUUCCAUUCAGAUAUUACACUUUGCCACGAUUUUGUCAAAAUUCCUGGCUUUCUCCAGCAGCUUUGUCAUGCCUCUGCUCUACAGAUACAUUAACAAAAACUUUCCCAACAAAUUACGGCGUUUGCUGAAAAAGAUACACUGUGGGAACCAGGGGUGUUCUCACGAGCGCACAGUGGUACAGCAGGUCAUGACAUAGGUGUGACACAACCCCUGGUGCUCUGUGACUGCAGCACUGGCUGCUCACUGCUGGGACUGUGACACUGCUGUGUUGGCACUCAGAGAUGUUUGAGAGUCCCAACCAAGAGGCUGGAAGGAGCUUUCAUUGCAGCUGAAUGCAACAGUCUUAAUUUUCCAGUAGUUGUUGGCUGAAGCGGUGUGAGGCUCUGGCCUGUGUGCUGCAUUACCUGUGACAUCAGAUACCUUCAGUGCACUGAACUGCUGACAAAAGAUAAACUCUGGUUUCAUGGCUCUGAUCUUCCUGUCUGAAGAAAUCACUAGGCAGUUAAUUGAAGUCUUGACUGAAGACACAGCACCUUGUAUCUUGUAUAGGAAAAGGUAUUACCUUGUUCUCUGUACAAAGAAGUGAUAGUGCUAUCCUUGAUGAAGUAAAUAGCAUUUUUCAAUGAAGAUUAUAUAGUUGAUCUUUACUGAAGAUCAUAUUACCCAAUUAUACAUGUCCAAAUAGUAAAUGUUAAUUAUAAAUUAAAUUAUUUAAUUUCUUUCUCCAUCACUGAUUCCCCUAAUUUACUUUUUUCAGAAAUUAUUUUCUCACACAAACUAACCUGUUUUAAUGUUUAUGAUAAACUGAUUUUUCUUUCAGCUACAACAAAUAACAAAAAUAUGUUUUAAUUUUCCAGUGCUUUGUUUGUAUCCUAAAACAUUUCAGGAAUUCAGAAAUAUUUAUUAAUUAAUUCUGAUGGAACUUAGAGAUGUUUGUUCCACAUACUAAAAUGAAGGACACAGUGGUUUACAAAGUUAAAUCAGAACUUAACUAGUAAAGAUUGUCUGGCUAAGUGUUAUGGUCCACAUAUGUUCAUGUAACAAGAGUAAUUAUCUUAAAAAAUAAAUAUGUUUAUGAUUAACAUUUUGUAUUUUCAAGGGAUAUGUUUGCAACAAAUAAAUUAAACUCUUGUUAAUCUAGGACAUCACUGGCGGUCUGGAAACCAUAUAAAAUUCUUCAACAUAGGAAUCCCAGUCAGCAUCAGCUCUUUGCUGACCUCUCAAAAAAGCCUUCCACUGAGAUUCUUGGAUACACAGUAAAGUUUAGUUUCACAGUAGAUUGGAAGAAAUCCAAUCCAGAUCACCAGAUUUUACUGAUUGUAUGAAAUAUGUGAGAAACACAGACAUGUUGCAGGAAGCACAUAAACAGUUACAAAAACAAGCUACAAAGUACUGACCCAAAAACUACCUGUUCUUGUGCUGCUGUUGCACUAAUGACAGGAGGGGACAGGAGGGGGAUGCAAGGGAAGCUGACACUCUCCCACUGCUGUGGGGCCACGAGACAUUUUUGUCACUUAAUACAUGCUACAGCAUUAUUUUAUUGCUUAAUCUGUUACAGCACAACUCAAAUUCCACAUGACAUUAUUUAAAAAAUGUGACUCUCAAAGCUUCUGGUGUAGAAAAAACCAUGAAGCAAGAUCAGAACUGAACCUUUCCCAUUGCUUAGAGCACAAUCUUGUCUGGUAACUGGCCCUAGUCUGUCAGCAGAGACACAUACUGAAGUUACAUGGGAAAAGCAGGUGAGGGACAGACCUUUCAGAUCUUUUCCCAUCAAGCAAUUUCUUCCCCUGGUCAUCUUUGCUUUUCUUCUUUAUAUAUACACAUCUCUAAGUUAGCAACAUCCUGGUGGAAGACUUUCCAUCAGUCAUUACUUUUUUAAGAGCUUUUCAUAUUUUAUUGAAUAUUUUUUACAGAGUAAAUAAUCUAUUCCUGUGGUGUUUUCAGUUUUAGCCUGUUGAUGAAAACCAUGUUAAGGACUGAAGCUGUUCCUUAUCACCAUGUCCAACUCACUCAUUUCAUGUCCCUGUGCUGACAUUUGUGACACUGGCUGCUUUCUUGGUUUUGUCCUCCUUGAGAGAUUUUCAGUGAAUUUCUACACAUCUUGAGCAUUCAAGCUCACUUCCAUACAGAAGUGCUUAAGAAUAAAAUCUUUCCUUACAGCUGUCAAGCAAACAGACUCCUUCUUCCCAUCUGAGGAACACUAGGUUUCUUAAAGCACCACAUGAAAUCUCUCACGUAAAAUCUGUUAAAGAAAUCCUGUGCCAUUAUGCAGGAGGAGUUCCAGCAGGGAGGAACUGGCUUAUCUGCUGUGAAUAGAGGCUUUCAGAACUGGGACACUGCCAGAACAGUGCAGCUGAGCAGGCAACUUUUAAGUGCAAUUUCAACUUCCAUGUUGCAUCCUUACUUCUAUUUCCUCCUUCUCUUAAGACAUCUGAUUUUCUGUCUCUAAAAGAACUGUUGCCUUUAUUUCUGUUCCUUUCUCUCCAAGUUAAAUUCUCAGUUUCAGACCAUGGCUCUUGUAUCAUUUCUCUUUAUCGAUUUUCACUUCUCUGCAUAAUUUAUUUAACUUUCAUUUCUCUCCCAUCUCUGCUUGUCUUGCACACCUGGUACCAUUCAAUACUCAUGUUUACUUCAUCACACUGACUCCUUUACAAUGAUCCAGAUCUUACUCAGUGAUUCAAUGUUACAAAUUUGUGUAGUAAAAUGGAAGCUGCUGUUAAAGAUAUGUAGAAAAACAGCUUUUUAUGGAACUCACCCGUGGGGUAUCCAGUCUGUUUCUUUCCUAAUCUUUUUUACUGCAACAGAGCUACGGAUGUUUGUCUAUAUCCUUGAUAAAUACUAAAUGUGAUGGCAAUCAUAGAUACAAUAUCUUGGAUAAUUUAAUGAACAAGACUGCUAUCCAGUCAACCUCUUAGAAAAGUUAAUUUGAUUUAUUAGUUGACUCAAAGAAACUGUGCCAUGGAUCUGCCUGGCUGCUGUUCUCCUAAGGGAAUUCUGAACUUAAUUGCAGCACCCUCACCUGGUAUCUCUUAAAAAGCAGCAUCCCAAAAAGAGAGAGCUUUGCAGUACUUAUAUAAAGAGCAGUAGAGGAGCAAGUGCAGUAAAAUACUUAAGGAAAUACAAGGUAUAAAUUAGGAAGAACUUUUAUGGACUAACACUUAACACACAAAGUUCUCGAGAAUGGGGCCUUUCCAUUUCAAAUACCUGAAGGUUUCUGGUGUAAAUAGGGGCUUAUCUAUUACACAUUUAAAUAGAUAUGAAUAAAAAUACUGUAUAUAUGCAAGAUAAAAAUCAGCCUACUGAUGUAAAAAGAAUCUGCAAAGAGUUUAUUAAAUUAUUUCUAAAAAUGUACCAUUUAAAUGUAAACCUCUGAACAGGCAGGUGUACUGUAUGCUUCUGUAUGUAUAUAAUGUGUACUAGAAAGUAAGCACUAGUUAAGUGCCAUUAUUAACAGUAUUAUUUUCUCACAAAAUUAAACUUAAUAUUUGAAUUGAUUUAUGGCUUACAGCCCUCUUGCUGAACUGCUAAUUAAGUCAAAUCAAGGAACUAACAAAAAUGUCAUGCUCUGCUUCUAAGUUGUUAACACAGCUAGCUUGAGACAGGUCCUUAAUGACCAACUUAGUAGAGGUCCUAGUUUCAAAAGUUUACAUUUCAGAAUCAAAUCUUUUUGGUCUCUGAAGAUUUAAUUUCAGUUAAUGAAAGAAGGUGAUCAGCCACUAGAAAAUUUCUGGUUCUGUUACAAUGAAGAGAUGUGGACUCCAGUAUCAUGUCAAAAUACUACAAAAAUGGACUUUCUGGAAAGCUUCAUAAAGGAAGUAUUGACUCAUAAUACAUUCUCAAUAAAAAGUGUUCAAGUGUA